ACAAAAGAGAAGAAGAAGAAGAGGAAGAGCUGGGACGCCCUGUGCACCAGAUCGGCCGCCAGCCCACAGCCCACACUCCGCAGCCCCACAGCAGCCGACGCGACCACUCAGGCCAGCAGUCGUCUGGACGGUCACCGAAAACCCAUUUGUGUGAUAUGGCGGGGAGGACGUCGACGGAGAGGAGAAGGAGGACGAGGAGGAGGAGGAAGAGAAGAGGAAGAUACAAAGGGCUUUAGGAGACACUGCAGGAGCAGUAGCGACACGGCGCCGCCACGAGGAGUAUGUGAUGAGCAAGGAACCCGCUGCCCCCCAACCCCCCUCAUCCUCGCCCCCCCCGCACAUCCUCGCCCCCCUUACACCAGGCCGCGACGUCACUCUGCAUUUGAUGAUGUCACUGGAUGCUGCGGGUGCCCGCUCCUCCGACCAUGAUGCCUCAACUCGGUGCCCACGUCGCGCUUCUGCUGCUGGUCUUCGCCUCUCACUCCUUCGUCAGCGCCGUCAGCAGGCCAGUCAUCGACAUGAUAACCCGAACUGGAGCUAUGGGAGGCGAUGUUUAUGCGCCACGCCUGCACGAAGAGGUGUUCUGGUGGAUCGGGAUUCUCGUGCAGCGGAGCGGGUGGCGACACGCGUCCUGGAAGCCGUCCUGCUGCCUCUCAGUCGCGAAUUUCUCCUCGACCUCCGACUGUUCCAUAGACCUCUCAGGGGCUCCACGUCUUCUUCAGUGACUCGUUCAGGUGGCGGGGGCAGCGGUGAGGGUGGCGACGUGGCUGGCUGGUUUGCAGUGACGCGAUGUUGCUCCGAUGUCCUCCUUGGCCUCUGUCAUGGUAGCGUCGAGGUGCCGGUUCUAGGCCUACACCUGGCGGGCGAGAGGUGUCAUGGGGUCCCCGCUGUGCCGUUAACCCCAGCCUGUCCUCCCUCCAAGGAUUUAAGGACGAUGGGUGGGGUCGAGGAGUUCAACAGGAUGAGAGGAAGUGAAGGAGUAGGAGGUUUGGAGGCUUCCCUCAUACGCUCUUGGGUGAAAGCGGUCGUCGAAGGGAGGGAGCCCGUGAGAACUAGGCUAUACGGCAUCGACCUCCUGCCAAUACCCUCUUCCUCACCGUAUUCAUCGUUCUCUGACUCCCCCUCGCCCGUUUCUUUGCCCUCGGCCUCGUCUUCCUCCUCUUCCUCGCUCAUUUCCUUCACCCAUUCGUCCUCACACCUUUUCAAUUUACCAUCCUCUUCCUCCUCCUCCUCCUUCUCGUCGUCUGUCUCCAAGUUUGCUCCUCUCCACCGGCUCCUCCGCAACAGUACUUUGAGGACACCUCAGCCACGCCGCAGGACGAGGCGGCAGGCAGUGGUGGUGUUGGGGGAGGACGGGAGCGCGGAGGUCCCUGACAUGUUCUACAGCCUGAGGGUCAAACAGAGAGCCAUGAAGGUGCUGAGCGGGACUGUCAUGACCGUCGCCAUGCUGCACCGUCCGCCCUACGUAUCGCUGGUGACGGAGGGGAGGACCAUCGUCAAGGCCACGGGCAUCCUCCUGAACGCCCUUGACACCUUCUCCGCGACCUUCAACUUCUCGUACGUCCUCAAGCUGCCAGACGAUGACCAGUGGGGGGCGCUGAAGGACGGACGCUGGACGGGCAUGGUCGGGGAGGUGCAUAGGAGGGAGGUGGAGAUGGCGUUGGGGCCCACGUCGAUCACCGAGGCGCGAGAGAAAGCCAUCGACUUCACCGUGCCAUUCGACUAUGAGCCUUGGGACAUCCUCAUUCCAGAGUCCAUUGUCACGGUCGACCUCACGGCUUAUCUCUUCCCCUUCGCCAACCUGGUGUGGAUCGGGAUCAUGGCCUCGACGCUGUUGGUGGGGACGCUGGUAUGGAUCGUCUCUCGGCUGUUCGGGGACAAAGGCCUCCUGUACCCCGCCAAGAAGUCAUGCAAGAACUACACGUACUCGCAUUACCUCCUGGACAUGUUCGGGUGCCUCAUACAGCAAGCUAACAGACAGCCGCAGACAAGCCCCAUGAGGAUGCUGGCGGCCUGGUGGUGGGUCUUCUGCGUGGUGGUUAUCGCCUCCUACAGCAGCAAACUCAUCUCCUCCCUCACCGUCCGCUUCACCGAGCCGCCAGUCAAGUCGCUGAAGGACCUGGUGGAGUCCCGCAAGCUCCUGUGGACCUACCUGGCAAACUCAGCGAUGGAAGAGGUGUUCAAGUUUUCAGCGCCCGACACCCUCUUCGGCAAGGUGGGUCAGCUGCACAAGGAGCGGCCAGGGAUGCUCGUCUACAGCUUCGAGGAGGGCGUGGCGGCGGUGCGCUCCAAGAAGUUCGCCUACUUCGAGGACAACUCAUGGCUGGAGUUUGCCGUCGCUGAUGACCUUGCUCUGCACGGCGAGUGUCGCAUGACAGUGGUGAGGGACUCCUUCUUCUACACACGUUUCGGCAUCAUCCUCCAGGCAGGCUCUCCAUUCAGGGAUGCCCUCAGCGCUGAAAUACUUCAGAUAAUUCAGUCUGGUCUAAUGGAUGCAUGGAAGAAACAAUUUUGGCCACAAAGUUUUUGUACCAUCAACUCACAUGGCACGCAGCCACUGCGACCCCUCAACCUGCAGGACUUGUUUGGCACCAUGAUCCUUAUGUUGGGUGGGUCCAGCCUGGCUAUUCUGGCUCUGUUGGGCGAGAUUCUCUUUGCCCGCCAUCAAUCCGCCAAGAACUCUUCCUAAUACUAUCAACACAACUUAUGCUUUCUUUGGUACUACUAUUUGUUGUCUUUCACUGAGACAUAACUUUCCUAUUCAGAGGUCCUUUGUUCAUCGUAUUAUAUACUUUUAGUAUUGCUUUGCUACACAAAAGCUGAAGGUGGGUGACUAGGAAUAUAAUGAACUUGAAUGAUAAAUUCUAAAAUAUAAGAAAUGUUGACCUUGCCCUAGGGUGUUCUGUAAAUAUACUCUUCAGAUUAUAUACCUUUUAUUUGUGACAAAAACUAAGAAUGCAUACCACUUGAUCAGGUCACAACUUUGACUUGAAAACUUAAAUACAUAGCAUGUUUAGCUACAUGGAGUUUAGGUAAAGGUUCUUUGAUUGUCAUGUAGUUGCUAAUGGUCACUUGUAUUGUUUUCAUUAUCUAAUAAACAUCAUUCUGGAAA